CCUCUCCCUCUGUCUGGCUUGAUGUCAUUCCCAGCAGAUCCCAGCAUUUUGUAUCUGAGCCUCUCACUCUGGCCUGCAAAGCACCGGAUGCUGCAGGGGUCUGGUCAGUGAGACGGUUCACUGUAUCAAAGGAGCUGUCAGACUGCCCCUUUGAUAAGAAAUCACAGAUGCUGGGUCCAUCCACAUGUAACAUCAGCUCUUUAACUCCGUCAGCCAGUGGGGUGUACUGGUGCCAGUCUGAAUCUGGGGAACGCAGUAAUGCUGUCAACAUAACCGUGCACAGUGGAAAUGUGAUACUGGAAAGUCCAGUGCAUCCCGUGAAAGAAGGAGAGCAAUUAACUCUCAGCUGUUCGGGCCGAAAAAGUGUCAAAUCAAACCUCAGUGCCACAUUCUAUAAGGAUGGAUUACAUGUGGCGAACCAAACCUCUGGAACAAUCACCGUACCGAACAUCUCUAAGAAAGACGAGGGAUCCUAUGUUUGUGAGAUUGAAGAAGAAAGGAAAAGAAGGUCACCCGGAAGCUGGGUCUCAGUCAGAGCUGCACGUGAUGAACGCAGAGGACCCCGUAAAACGCUGAAAACAAUGUACCAAAAAUCUAAAGACAUACUGUAAUGUUCUGAAUUGGUACUAGGUAAUGGUUCUGAUAUGAACUUUUGUAAAACAUUACUCUUCAAAU